AUGCCCCCCAACGGAACGUCCAGUCCUGAUCCUUUGGAUGCAGUCGAUUACGACCCGAUCGAGCACUUGAACGCAAUCUUCUCUCAUCCGUCGACCCUUUCCUCCGUCUCCCAAACCUCUGAGGCCCUUCGGCUAUACCAAAAUGAGCUGGACAACGACAUCGCGGAGCUGGUGGAGGAACAGGUGACUUCAAAUGCGGAAAGUGUGCAGCGCAUCCAGGCCGCGAAGGCGGACCUGUCGGAGCUGUUCAAGAAGAUCGACGAUGUGCGGGAGCGCGCCGCGAAGACAGAGCGGGCGAUCACGGAGAUGACGGCCGAUAUCAAGCAGCUGGACAAUGCGAAGAAGAACCUGACACUGUCUAUGACGGCCCUGAAGCGGUUGCAGAUGCUCACGACGGCGUACGAGCAGCUGCGCGCCCUGGCCAAGACGCGGCAGUACCGAGACUGCGCCCAGCUGUUGCAGGCAGUCAUCCAGCUCAUGGCUCAUUUCAAGUCGUACCGAUCCAUCGACCAGAUCGCAACCCUGAGCAGGAACGUGGCGGACAUACAGCGGGAACUUCUCGAGCAGGUGUGCGAAGAUUUCGAGCUCACCUUCGCCAAGGGGGAGGUCAUGCAGAGGCGAGGUGUCCUCUCCGAAGCAUGCCUGGUCAUGGACGCUUUGGGGGAGAAUGCGCGAUCGAGGCUCAUCACAUGGUACUGCAAUACGCAGCUGCGAGAGUACCGUCAGGUUUUUAGGGGUAACGAGGAGGCUGGCUCCUUGGAUAACAUCUCCCGCCGAUACUCCUGGUUCCGACGGAUGAUGAAGACGUACGACGAGGAGCAUGCCGUCAUCUUCCCGUCUUCGUGGAGGGUUGGCGAAGUCCUGGCCAAUGCGUUUUGCGAAGGCACAAGAGACGACUUCAAGGGUAUCCUGUCGAGGUCGGUCCGAAGCGGCCAGACCAUCGAUGUCAAUCUCCUGCUGUCGUGCUUGCAGGAGACUCUGGACUUUGAGCACUCCCUCGAUCGACGCUUCGCGAAUCCGUCUCGUCCGUCGACUGACACCUUGACUUCUAUGGAGACGCCCGUGUUCACGCAGGCUAUCUCGGAAGCCUUCGAGCCGUAUCUGGGCGUAUGGGUCGAGGCUCAAGAUAAGCAGCUGGCUACCAUGUUACCGCGGUAUCGACAGCAGCCACCAAAGCCGGAAGACGAGGAAUUCCACUCACAGCUUGUCGUUUCCUCUUCCACGGAGCUUUUUACUUUCUACAGACAUGCUCUGGCCCAAUGCGCAAAGCUUUCCACCGGCAGCAGCCUUGCGGAACUGUCCAAGGUGUUUGCGAAAUACUUGGACCAAUACGCGCAGCAAGUGCUUCUCUAUUAUAUCAGCGAACGGCCGACCGGACAGACUCCUUCCAAAGUGCCCUCUCUGGAGGAUCUCAUCAUCGUUCUCAACACGGCAGACUACUGCUACACGACUUGCGGGCAGCUGGAAGAGAAGAUCAAGAGCCGGAUUGACGAGAACCUCAAGAAGAGCAUCGACCUGCAAAGCCAGGCUGACUCUUUCAUGGGGAUUGUCAGCGCUGUUGUGCGCGGACUGGUUCGGAAGGUUGAAGUCGAGCUGGAGCCCUGCUGGCGGGAAAUGCGGAACUCGCCUUGGAACAAGCUCGAAAGCGUCGGAGAUCAGAGUCCCUACGUCGGAGAGCUGCUGUCCAAGACCAAAACAAAAGCAGAGGAAAUCCUUCAGCUGUUGCAUAAGCCUCAGUAUGCCCGGGCGUUUGCCGAUAACCUCGUUGAGCUGAUAUCGAACACCUUUAUCAGCAACGUCUAUCAGUGUCGGCCUGUCUCAGAGACGGGGGCUGAACAGUCACUUCAGAUGCUGCUAGAUUCGUAUACGCUUAAGACCGGGUUAACAUCACUGCUACCUGCGCCGACACCGGCCGGGUUCGUGAAGCGGAUCAACGCCAGCUUUACCAAAAUCGAUACUCUUCUCAAGACGAUACAAGUCAGGCCAUCGCCACCGGAAGCCCUGAUCCAGGCCUAUCUCAUCCAUAUCGCGGACCGGAGCGAAGCCAACUUCCGUCGCGUCCUCGAACUCAAGGGGAUCCGGAGCAAGCAGGAGCAGAACCAGCUCGUGGAGCUAUUCCACCUGCACCGUGCUUCGGACCGCCACGCGCCGAACCUGCAGCAGAGCAAUCCGCUCUUUGCUGCGGUUUUGCAGCAGCCCUACUCACAGUCCUCUUCUUCUUCCUCCUCUUCCGGGAUGGCCGGCUCCUCCGUGUCCCAGGGUCUGGGACUGAGCAAUCUCGGCACGUCGGCUGGAGGCUCGAAUCGGUUUGAUCCGUCGAUGCUGGGAUCUGCCCUCAUCUCCGCAGCGAAGGACGGUGUCGACAGGUUCGGAAACCAGAGUCUAGCGGGUGCUCUGGGCUCGUCUGGCGCAGGUGGUGCAGGUGGCAGUACUGCCCCUGGAGGAAGUUCACCCACCACCACGGCGACAUCAGGAGGAGGAGCAGGAGGCUCUACCUCACCAGCGCUAUUAUCCGCCUCUGCAGGGCAGGGACAGGAUGGCAAUGAAGGCAGUGGCAAUAAUACCCUCUGCACCACCACUAGCACCACGACUACAGGAACGACGGGGACGAAUCUGAACGAGAACCUGAAGAACAUAGGGAAAUUCUUCCGUCGUGACCUGGGCGGGUUCGGCGGGAGGUUUGGUCGUGGAGGGGACGAUGCGAGAACGAGACCCAGAAGUUGGAACGUAUACUGA